CGCGAUCGGACGAGCCGGCAAAGUUGUUACGACACGUGCGGGUCUACCCACCCAUCGAGAAAAGUCUGCUAGGAGAAGAGUCUAGCGUUGCAUAGCUCUCUAUCAACUUCCUCAGCCUCGCUGGUAUCGGGUCGCAUGCUGCGGUGUACCGCGCGCCGCUGGUGCUUCAGGAGCGGAACGCGGGGCCGAGUGCUGCGGUGACGGUGAUGGCAAAGCUGGGGUAUGUGAAUCAUCCGGAAUCGGACGGCGACGAGGAGAAAGGGGAUGGCACCGAGCAUGGUAGUGACAACGAAGAUACCGGGCAGGACUCCGACUGGGAGGAUGCUUGUGAGAUGUUGAGGGAUGAAGCAAAGACUUAUACAAAGCUGAUGAAGGGGAUGUCUCGCACAUUGAUGGGGGGCAUGAAGAAAGUGAAGCGCAAGAGCCGGAAGAAUAGAAAUAAAGAGAAGGGAGGGAGUCGUGAAGAGAAGCUGGGGCGGAUUGAGCCUAUUGUGCCGAGGUUCUAUGGGUACUAUGAGUGGGAAGGCAACGCGGUCUCCGAGGAAUUGGAGAAAGCUAGCAGAAAGGAGCUGCCUGAUUUAGGAAAGGAGCAGAAGUGUGGAAUUCUGCUUAUGGAGAAUUGUCAUCUUUUUCCGUUCCCUUGCGUGCUCUUCUUCCCUGGUCUUCGUGUUUACCGUGUUAGUAACGGUAUCGGCAAGCUCUACGACUGA